UGGAGCAAAGUCCAGUUAGGUGAUGGGGUGGGGGUGACAGAUGAGGGGCCUGCCAAGGCCAAGCCCUCCCCUGGCCGUCAGAAUGGACCAGCCCCCAGUGACAUCACAAUCCUGGGGGGGGUUGUCAAGGCACUGCUGGAGGUGGACCCUCUUGUUUCUCCCCCUGGAGCUCUAGGAUGUGGAUGUGAGAAAGGUGAGCAAGGCAGGCAGAUGGCAACGGGAAACAGCUCUAACCCCAUGCCCAUGGGCACGGCUCAGGGUGACCCUGGAGAGGAGGGAACACUGCCAGGUGCUGAUGCUGGUGUCGAGGACACAGGUUCAGCCACUCAGCUGAAGAUGAAGCCCAAGAAGGUGCGCAAGAUCAAGGCACUCAUCUUUGACCUGGGCUCCCAGUACUGUAAGUGUGGCUAUGCAGGAGAGCCGAGGCCCACCUACUUCAUCUCCUCCACUGUGGGCAAGCGCUACUCCGAGGUCGCUGAUGCUGGCGACACCCGCAAAGAGACCUACGUGGGUCACGAGCUGCUCAACGUGGAGGCGCCUCUGAAGCUGGUUAACCCACUAAAAUAUGGUGUCGUGAUGGACUGGGACUGCGUCCAGAAUAUCUGGGAGUACGUCUUCCACACAGCCAUGAAGAUCCUCCCUGAGGAGCAUGCUGUGCUGGUCUCUGACCCCCCGCUCAGCCCCAGCAGCAACAGGGAGAAGUAUGCGGAGCUCCUCUUUGAAACCUUUGGCGUCCCUGCCAUGCACGUGACGUCCCAGUCGCUGCUGUCCAUCUAUUCCUAUGGCAAGACCUCAGGGCUGGUGGUGGAGAGCGGGCACGGCGUCUCGCAUGUGGUGCCCAUCUCAGAGGGCAACGUGCUGCCAGGCCUGACGAGCCGCGCUGACUAUGCCGGGAGCGACCUCACCAACUACCUGCUGCAGCUGCUCAACGAGGCCGGCCACAAGUUCACGGACGACCACCUGCACAUCAUCGAGCACAUCAAGAAGGAGUGCUGCUACUCGGCGCUCAUGCCCGAGGAGGAGCUCCGCCUGGGUCUGGAGGAGCUGCAUGUGGUCUACGAGCUCCCCGACGGCAAGCUCAUCACCAUCGGCCACGAGCGCUUCCAGUGCGCCGAGAUGCUCUUCAAACCCACGUUGGUGGGCAGCAACCAGCCUGGCCUUCCUGCACUCACGGCCGCCUGCCUGGACCGCUGCCAGGAGGCGGGCUUCAGGGAGGAAAUGGCGGCCAACGUGCUGCUGUGUGGUGGCUGCACCAUGCUGGACGGCUUCCCCGAGCGCUUCCAGAGGGAGCUGAGCCUCCUCUGCCCCAGGGACAGCCCUGCAGUGGCUGCCGCUCCCGAGAGGAAGACCUCCGUGUGGACCGGCGGCUCCAUUCUGGCCUCCCUGCAGGCCUUCCAGCAGCUCUGGGUCAGCAAGGAGGAGUUUCAGGAGCGGGGCAGCGCAGCCAUCUACAGCAAGUGCUGAGCAGCGGUCCCCGAUAGGCAAGGCCUUGGGGGCAGGCGGCCACAUGCCACUCUAUACACAUUUACAGAGUUUCGCAUAAAACUUUAACAUGCAAUGG